GGUAACAUCAAACCAGAAGUUGUUCUACUCUUCUCCUCUCUACUCUCUUUCACAACGAUACAUAGAAAAGCUUCCAGAUCAGAUAUGGCUUUCCACAUGAGAUCCAUAAGUUUGCCUUCUAGGCCUCAGGCCAAUGAGACCGAGGUCGAGCAAGAACUGCUGAGCCUAGAGGCAAGCAUCUCUUCUUCCAUCACCAUCGGCAUGAUGUGUGAUGGUCUGAGGAGGCUCGGAGACAUCUACAAUGGUGUUGAAGAGGUGAUUUGCCUACCAAGAAACCAAGUUAGCUCCACUCAGCAGAGGAAGAUGUUGGAUGGAGAGAUGGAAUGCUCUCUUGAGUUGUUGGACCUCUACAGUAACAUGCAAGAGAUCUUCGUCGAAAUAAAGGCCAUCAUCCAAGAGCUGCAAGUGGCUCUAAAAAAAGGGGAUGAUGCAGCUGCUCAAGCCAAGAUCCAAUCUUAUGCCCGCUUGGCGAAGAAGGCCAAGAAUCAUUUCAAGAAGGCCAUAAAAAAGACUCCUGCAGAUUGCAAGAUGGUCAUGCUAUUGACCAAGGCCAGAGGGAUCUCUGUCUCUCUGCUGGAGUCCACACUCCAUCUCUUGUCGAAGAAAAUUGAAAUGCCUAAACAGUCUCUUGUUUCCAAGGCAUUUCACCAAAAGAAGGCAGUUGUCUGCAAAGAGGAGCAAUUGCAGGAGCUAGAGUGCAGUACCGGAGAUCUUGAGAGUGGAGCAGGACAUCUGUUCAGGAAAUUAGUCCAGUGCAGAGUUUCUCUACUCAACAUUCUUAGCUCGUAGAUACUCCAAGUCACUCUUGACGCCCUGUGGUUGGCAUCCGCCUUUUAAGGAAUAGCUGAUCUUCAUGCAAUUUUUCCAUAUGUAUACACUAUACAGUAUAAAUGUACAGGAAACCAUAGA